ACUAACAAAAUGCUACUCUAUAGAUCGACGGGAGUACCUUGUAUCAUACAUAUUAAGGUCAACCAAGAAAUGAGGUCAACGUAGCAAAGAAUCGUACUGUUCCGCCUGCAUAAUAUUCAAAGUACAAGAUCAAAUAUAUUUGUUAAAUUAUUAUUUCAAAUGCGUCGAUCAGAUAACAAUCGCUUCAUCUAACACAUCGUAAUUCGUUAUGUAUUAGAGACAAAUUGCAUUUAUAUAAAUAUUCGUGUAUAUCAGGGUUUCAAAACGUAUAGAAAUCUAAUCUUAUCGGUAUUAGAGAUGAGAAACUUUAUAAGACACGCGACCCGCAAUUUUAUGAGUAAUGUAUUAACAGUAAUACGUCGAUGUGUUGGUAAACGACGUCCUUGGAUAAGCAUUUAAAUGUAUGCAUCGUGCGUGCGGCACAAUGUGCGCUCACGCUUAAGUAUAGAUGGACAGCCUGCUAACCCAAAGUCUAAAAGAGUGCAGGGAUCUAGCUCGUUCACUUGAGUUGCUGUGAUACAAGGACGAUACACGUUAAAGGAACUUAUUCCUUUAACGGUUAGGUAACAUUCUUAAGAACAAUCUAGGUAUCACAAUCUACUUAUAUGUAUACAUACAUAUUAUUCAGAAAUGCUACCUCAUCUAAACGCUGAACAUAUGACGCAGUUAAGAAAAAAAAAAAGAUUCCAAGAUCGUUGCUCAACUUAACCACUUUUAAAAGGCCAAAGUCUUUUUGGUUUUAAGUAAACGUUACACCUAUCGCAGGAAAAGUUCCGAUACAUAAAUUUCAGCGCAUUAGCGAUAGGACUUCAAACAAUUGUGUAUGCUAUGCAUUCGUUGACAUACAUACAUAUACAUCAAGUGUAGAAGUUCAAAACGAAUGUAAUCGACAGCGAAACACGGUGUGUGUCGCAUGGAAGAGAAGUGCAAUCGAGCGAGGUCGUGUGGUGAUUAUAUACCGAGUAACACUAGUAGUACCAUCGCUCGAAAAAUUCAUGACGUACACUCCGGUGCAACGUAGGAGACUCCGACCAUUAAAUCCUGGAAGAACUGGAAGAGACCCUAGGGAGAGACUGACACAGAAUCUCUUGUCGUCAUAGAUAAAAAAUAUGGCGGAAUAAGGUGAAUGGCGGGACAUUUCUUCCGCUACACUUCCGCUUAACUAAGCGAAGCCUAAGUUGCACGAGACUGUACAUGCGUGUUACAUGGCAGCGACAUAAUUGAAUCUGAGAGACAAUCGUGGAACUCGUACACGCGAGGCGACACAAUCCGAUGUGUUUGCGCGUUUAGUUCAAACGUGUACCAGACUUUUGAAAAAAAAGAGGAAGUGUCACGGGAUGGACAAAUUGGUUCGUACAGGUGAGACGAUGGAAGAUCCGGAUAUGUAUUGCGCGCACGUGUCUGAACCGUAGUUUGGGUUAUCAGGUGAACGUUUAAUAGUACUCAGGAGCCACCUCGUGGCCUAAAGGCAACCUUUCUAUUCGGGUGGAAGAACCGCGCGAUUCACGAAUUGUCGCUCUCGUCGUUUCAACGAUGAGUUGCAUUCAGAAACUAAGUUGUAACAGCAUUGCGACACGCGAGUGUAACCGAAAUCUUGUCGCGUGUGUAUAUAGCACACCGAUUUAUUUGUCAUGCGAAAUGAAUUUUUAUCUACGUAAUUACGUAUCGUCUGACAUCACUGCAACUUCGGACUUUACUCCUUUUCGAUAGUGGAUCCUCAUAUUGGUUGAAAGAAAGAAAAUUUGCUGUAUCUUUUUCAAGUAAAUUUUGAGAAGUUGAAACACGGGUUACAGUGUUACUCGUAUAAUACCAUUCGGUCACAUGUGCGCGUGAUCGGUAUUAGAAAACAAUAUGUUCGAGUUUUAACGAUGACUGCAUUGUUUCCUGUUCAUUGCAAGAAAACGUUGCGUCGAUCGUGCACACCGAUAAUGCAGUAAUCUUGUCGAUCUUUCUCAUUUAGAUUUUCCCGUGGAAAUUUACAAUUUUUAUUUCUUUUUAAUGUUGAUCUAAUAAGGGCAUUUAGUUGAAUCAUUUUGUGUAAAAAGUAACGUUAAAGGGAACACAUUUUUAAACACGUGAUUCAUUAACGAACCAAUCGCCCACCGUAUCUAUGUUCUUUCCUUAGAUAAGAUACUUAAAAAUACUUUCUUUAUGCCCUAACUGUAUGCAUAUAUAGAAUUAUUAAUAUAUACAUGUUUUAUGAUUUCACUUCCGAUAAAAAAUAAUAUUCCAUUUGAGUAUCAACAACUAACGGAUAUUCUGAUCUGUGUAUAGUUAAAAAGGUAUACAUAUCACAUCUAUGAUGAAAUCAUGGUAAAUUUUCGACAAUUCAAACGCCGAUACGUUAAUCGUAACACAUAUCUACACACGGUGAUAAAAAGUGAACCAAACAUCGUGCUUGAUAAGAGAGCAGGAUUCUACUUUUAAAAUCAUUGCUAGGAAAUCAAAUGCAUCUUAUUCAGUUGCACAUGAACUAUGAUGUCAUACUGCAGUGCGCACCAACGGCAACAAGAUUAACGGCCUUGACAGGAAAAAUAUUUUUAUAUCAUAGACAGUUUUCUCUUAACACGUAUCAUCUAAUACGUUAAUAUCUAAAAUUCGAAUUAGGUUUUCUCUUUUAUGAAUCGUAGACAUUAUGUACCCGUACAUACAUACAUAUACGUUAAAUGCAACAACUGCUAUAGUAAGUCGCAAGUGCAGCUGUGCGACGGUUUAGGAGUAAAAUCGAUCGAUAGUUAUUCGUUGAUCUAACUUUGAUUCAUAUAAUAGACGAUACGUGAUGCGCAUUAGAAACCAUUAAAUCGUUUAUGACGAGAUACCGAACUAUAUAAUAAAUUAUGUAAUAUACCGUCAAUAAAAGAAAGUAAAUCAAUAAAGAUGAAUUUCGAGAUAAAUAAAUAAUUUGAAGGUUAAAUGCGUAGAUCGACGAUCAAGAUCAAGUUUGAUCGAAUUUUAAAUAGUUUCGUGGAUAGUGUACGCGUGAACGCAUAAGGGCCCGAAAUAAAGACGCCCCUGGUGCAGGUUGAGUAAUACGUCCCUGCAGAACGGAGCCCGCGAGGGCUGGUGGGAAAGAGAGAGGCAGGCUAGCGAUCAGAAGUUGAUAGAGGAGCGACGAGGAUAGAGAGGGCGAGAGAGGAACGCGAGGGCCGAGGCACACCAUCGAGUAUCAACCAGCUGGUUGGCAAGGCAGCCGCGAGCAGUCGCCAGUGAGACGCGGUACCCCGCGAGGGCUUUCGUCGUUUGUUCCGUUCGUCUAAUCGUGUGUCUAUAUGUCCGUCAUCUCCCUUCCGCUUAAACCUAUCGUGGUCGUGCGUACGUUCAUUCGUUCGUCCGGUCCGUGUGUGGUGCGUCUCCCUUCGCCUGCUUUCAACGACACUUGCCACCGGUCGGGACUAUCGUCUCUGUGUCAAAGUACAUCUCUGUCUUUCUCUCUCACUCUCUUCGUUUCUCUUGGCGUGCCCGACCGAAAAGACAAGAUGGCUGCCGACUCAGGAAUGGAGACGUGUCCCUCCCCGGAGAUUGCAGACUCCAGGAAGCGGCCGCUCGAUUGUGACGCGGAAAAUGGCGCGACGAAGAGGUCUCAUUACGGAUCAGGAGGAGAUGGAACAUAUCACCUCAAAGUAUUGGUCCCUGGUGUGGCUGCAGGAGCUAUUAUCGGAAAAGGUGGAGACACGAUUGCUCAAUUGCAAAAAGAUACCGGAGCUAAGGUUAAAAUAUCUAAAUCACACGAUUUCUAUCCAGGAACGACAGAAAGAGUGUGCCUAAUAACUGGUAGUAUAGAAGCUAUAAUGGCAGUUAUGGAUUUUAUUAUGGAUAAAAUACGUGAGAAACCAGAUCUCACGUUAAAGACAACUGUUGACUCUGAAUCAGGAAAGACCACGGCAGAGAGGGACAAACAGGUAAAAAUUUUGGUACCUAAUAGCACUGCAGGGAUGAUAAUAGGUAAAGCUGGAAACUAUAUUAAACAAAUUAAAGAAGAAUCUGGCUCGUAUGUUCAAAUAAGUCAAAAGGCAAAAGAUGUGUCUUUACAAGAACGAUGUAUAACGGUAAUCGGGGAGAAAGAGAACAAUCGAAAUGCGUUAAUGAUGAUAUUAGCUAAAGUGGCGGACGAUCCACAAAGUGGUAUAUGCCCCAAUGUUAGUUAUGCAGAUGUAAGUGGUCCUGUAGCUAAUUACAAUCCCACAGGCAGCCCUUACGCUCAAGCGCCUACAAGUACACCGACGUAUACUUCUACAGCUGGCAUUAAUACAGUGAGUCUUUUGAACGGUGCUGGUCUUAGUUUGAACUUGAACUUAGGAGCUGCAAUAACAGCUGGUACCGCACCAGUGACGACGCAGUUGUUGGAACACAUAAAGUUAAAUCUACGAACAGCAGGUUUCUCGGAACCUGCUGCUAGCGAAAUUUUAUCAGCGAUUGCUACUCUCGCUAAGUAUAAUCUCCUUGGAAUGGGGAUUGGAAUGCCAUCGAGUAUGAGUUACCUUGGAAAUCCUAUGGAUAGUACCACAACGGCAAAUGGUUCGAACAAUAAUGGCGGCGUAUUUGGGCCAAUCGGAACGGUACCUGCCCUUGGAUCUACAUCACCUACACCACGUAAUACACUUGAUAGAUACGAGGCCUUUGAUCCGUUCAGACAAAACAACACCGCUGCCAGUGCUAUUCAUCUGAACAACAAUUCGUUUGGCCUGGGUACUAACCAGUUAUCACUUGUAAGUAAGAGUCCUACACAGGUAGACGUGAACAACAAGGAAACCAAGAAAGUAGACAUAGAAAUUGCAGAGGUUAUAGUGGGAGCUAUUCUUGGACCCGGCGGUCGUGCCCUGAUUGAGAUACAGCACCUAAGUGGCGCCAACAUACAAAUCUCUAAGAAGGGCAUGUUCGCUCCUGGUACCAGGAACCGGAUAGUGACUAUCACGGGUUAUCCUAAUGCGAUCGGCACUGCUCAAUAUUUAAUUGAGCAGAGGAUUAGCGAAGAGGAAGCAAAACGAGCACGUCAAAAUGCCCUCGCCAGUAUGAUCAAUUGAUUUCAAGUACAGCACUUUUGUUCAUCCCCAUUAUUGAGCUCCGUUAUUCAUCUUUUCACAUCUUGAGAUGAUGCUACGGUAGCUCUCUCUUCCCUUCUUUAAAGAAAAAAAAAAAAAACUCGUCCACUACCACCUACCACCCGUUGUCAUCUGUCGCAACAUCACUAAUAGCGCUUGCAUUCUCACAUCACUAUUCAUGCAUCCAUCAUGGCUCGUCAACAUUUAUCUAUCUUUUAAGAUUAUUAUGAUAUAUAAAUAUUAUAUGUUAAAUGAUAACUACUACAAUUGUUCUGUGAUACACCACGUUACGGGGCUUUAUCACAAAUAACACACACGUACCACAUCAGAGUCACAUAAUAUAUCUAGUUGUAUGGUAUAGGAUAUUGAAAACAUGGCAUGAUAUAAAACUAUAUAAUUACAUUUAGAAACGAAAUGGCACAAUUUGGCCGCAAUUGUUCUUGAAAGAUCGAGAUUGCAAUGAUACCACGGGGUAAUUGUUUCGUUUCAUAAAACGAAAUCGAUUAUAUAUAUUUUUUUUUUUUGUUUUGUGUAUAGGAGCAUAAUUUAUCUAUUGAUAACGAGAGAGAGAUACUUUUAGUUACAAGGUCAUACAGAACUCACAAAUUGAAUGACUUCGAUCUGAGAAAUUCGUAUUCUAAUGUGUGUCUUGGAAACUAAAUUACAUUCGUUUAUUCACAAAAUCAGGUUUUGUGAAUUUAUUGUAUUGAACUGUUCCUUGAACUAUGAAAUGAUUAGGCUAAUUAAGCAAUUUUACUCUUGCUUAACAUACUAUCCGAACGAGUUUUUUUUUUUUUUUAAGUACAGAGUGAUACCUUGGCAAAACCAAAGAUCUUACAUACGUUAAACAGAAAUAACUUGGCUGGAAGAUAAAUAUACAUACAAAGGGAGAGCUAUUCUACAUAUAAACAUAUAUUUAUAUAUUUACAAUGCUGGCUGGUCCAGCUAAACGAGUAACAUAAUACCCCCUAUUGCCAAGUUUUAUUCUGAAUCCCAAAGCCUUUAUUUCUCAAAAAAUCUUCAUCGAAACUCUUAUAGCGUUAGAAUUAAUGUACACAGAGAUAAUAUAAACAUCGAGUCUCAUUAUUUCUUCGCAUAUAUCCCCUUAGGAAUGGAGAAUUCAUUGUGCUAGGACGAUAGAAUAAGAAUCAUUCGAUUCGUUAGAACGAAAGAUUUCCGAGUAAUAGUUUCAGUACAGUUACAAUACAAUGUUAAUAGAUGCACGUUAAUCACAUUCGAUUGUUCGUCUAAUUAUUUUUAGUUUCAAGGUAUAUCAGUUGAAUACAAUUUCAAUUAAUGCAGUUUUACAUUUCUUGACACUCGCAUACAUUAUUGUUUCUCUUUCUUUUUUUUUUUCGUUUUUUUUUGUCAUUCCUUUUACGAUUACAAAACUGCAUAAAUACAGUUCUUUUUAUUGUAUAGAAAUAUUUAUAUAUUUAUAUACACGUAUAUUUUCAAUAGUUUAAUCGUUGAAUAUCCUCGAUGGAAAUAUUUUUGUCUUCUUAGCAAGUAUUUCUUUUCUAAGCAAUGAUUGAACGUCUCUCGAUUGAAAUCCAUACAGAUUGAGAUUAUACAUCGUUAGAUAGAUUAAUUGUUAAUAGAAUUGAAAAGUGUCUGUCAAAUGAUCAGCAGUCAUGUCAUACAUCCUUGGGUUCUGUAUGAUACUGCUUUAACGAGGGCUUCUAUUUAAGGACAACCAAAUCUUCGACAGAUGUUUUUUAACUAAUCGCACUUUGACAUUGAAUCAAAUCAUUAGAUAAGGAAUGAAUUUUAGCUAGGAAACUUUGUUUCUGUUGAUAAUUGUCGAUACAGAUACAGCUUACAUUUCAUUGCUAGAUAAGAAAGAAAAGAUAUAUAUACACAGAAAUGGAGUGAACGAGAGAGAGAGAGAGAGAGAGAGAGAGAGAGAGAAAGAGAGAGAAAGAAAGAAAGAAAGAUAUUGUUAAUAACAGAUGUUUCAAAUCAUUGUUUUCUCUUUUUGUUUGUUCUCGGGGAGGGGAGGGGGGGUAGGUAUUUAAGAAGGGGUGAUAUAAAAGGGAUAGGCGGUAAUCAAUAAUGGGUUUAGUUAAAGUAUCUGAAAACGUUAGCUGUAGCGUGAAAUGAAAUAUAUAAGUGUACAUGAAGUACAAUUCGUAGCUGGAAGCGCUGGCUCACCGCUCUUUAAAAUAAAUUGUAUAUUCAUAAAUAUCGCAUAAUAUGAGUAAUAAUAUAUUACACACAGAGAGAAGAUAAAAGAAGAUAUAUAUAUAUAUAUAUUAUAUUAUAU